AAUCGGUAGCAGAUGGGCACCACCACCACCAAGCACCACCACCAACCACCACCAACCACCACAGUCACCAACCACCACCAACAACCACCACCACCAACCACCACCAACAACCACCACCAAUCACCACCAACCACCAUCACCAACCACCACCAACAACCACCAACCACCACCACCAUCACCAACCACCACCACCAACCACCACCACCAACCAACCUCGUGCCCAACUGACGGCGCCGUUAACGUUCGCCUCCGAGGCCGCUUUUGCUCUGGGGGCCUUGAAGGCGACCUCGACAACUUCGCCCGGCACUUCCCAGGGAGAGACACAGACAGAGAGAGAGAUGACGGCCGCACCUCUCGCUGGCUCUCGGGGACUGCGGUCGAGAGGGUCUCUUCUUUGAGAUGGGAACCAGUCGCUGGCGUUACUGCCUCGACGAGGCCGCCCACGACGGUAACUCAAUGCGCCUGGCGCUGUCCACGGCGCUGCUGCUGCUGCUGCUCUCCGUCCUGUCGCUGCUGCUGCUACUGCUGCCCCUGACCGCGGCCGCGGCGCGGGGCCAGAAGACCCCUGGCGACCCGGUCGACCUCUCGAUGCUGCGCUGCAAGCAGGCGGACGGCCCCGGGAAACUUUUCCCGGGGUACGGCUGCUCCUGCCACGCGAGAUUCCGCCACGCAGAGCACCGGGGGGAUGGACUCGACUCGUGCUGCACGGUGGCCCACUGUUGCGCCCGCGCCGCCGUCCUCAACCACUGCCAGUCGGGGAGUGACCUGCGGACGCUCCAGGCCAGACUGAAGGGGCGUCCCUCCUGCAAAUGGAAGCCCACGCCGUCGAGCAAGCCCGCGCUGCGCUCGGAGGCCGUGGUGGCACCAGAUGCCACCACGGCAGAGGCGCCGGAGGCCGUGGUGCCGGCGGCGGCGGCGGCGGUGGAGGUGUCCAGGGAAAAACGCACGCUGGCGGCGGAGCGGGCGAACGGCGUGACGUGCGAACGGGCGCUCGACGAGUGCGAGCGGGCGCUGUACAGGUGUGCCCGUGAAGCAAAGGUGAUGUCUGACUUGGUCGGGCCGUCCCAGGAUGACGUCUGCAGGUCAGACAUCGACCAGCCGGUGUGCUCGGUGGAGCCAGCCACAGACCUGGAACCCAUGAUUCCUGCAAUCAGCAGUACAUUCAUACCUACAACCAGACCGACCAUCAGCUCUACCGCCAGACCUACUUCCGGACAUACAAACAUAACUACUACCGGACAUACAACCAGAACUACUGCCGGACAUACAAACAGAACUACUGCCGGACAUACAACCAGACAUACAAUCAGACCUACUACUGAACAUACAAUCAGACUUACUGCCGGACAUACAAUCAAACCUACUGCUGAACAAACAUCCAGACCUACUGCCAGUUCUGCUGCUGGUCCUACCACCAUACCCACAGCCAAAUCUACCACCAGAUCUGUAGGCAGACUUACAACCUUACCUAGUUCCACUUCUGCAACUGGACUGACUGCCAGUACUACUGCCAUACCUUUGACCACAUAUUUCCCCAGAUCUGCUGUUAGACCUACAACCAUACCGACUGACAAAUCUACCAGAUCAAGUAAAUAUUCAUUUAAGCGUAUUCUGAUAUUCGAAAGGAAAGAUACUGCCAGUUCUCCUGCUAGUCCUACCACCAUACAUACCGCUAGUACCACUGCCGAACCUUUCACCAGAUCUCUUAGCAGAUCCGCUGUCACACCUACUGACAAAUCUACCAACAGAUCAAUUGACUACUUAUAUAAGCGACUUCUGAUCUUCGGAAGGAAAGAUACUCUGAGAGUCAGGGUGAACGGAGAAGAUGUACACUCGGCACAAAACAAUACUUGGCAACCACCUCCUCUGAGAAGCGGCGAUGCACACCAACCAGGACAACACCUGAAGCCCCUGGUCACGUUUGGCAAUGUCCGUGCACAGAGACCACCACACAGUCUCGGCCGUGACAGUGCAGAGACGCAGAGACAACAAACUUUUGCGGACAACAUAUUUGGCUUUCUCGAGAAAUACAUUUUCAAAGACGGUGACUCUCACAGAUAACGGCCCUGCAAUUGCGUAAAUAGGAAACUACAACAAAACAUAUAGGUUGGAGACUCUAUUGCUGUUUCUAGAAUCGAUGUUUUGAAUAACGACGGUUUGACAAUGUAUGUUAUCGAGUAAAAGCAUGAAACGCAAUAAAAACGAACACACCUUC